GAGCGUGGCUAGAGUAGAGGUAGGAGUAUAUAAAGCCCAACGACCCAGCCUAAGUCAGCCAUUCACCAAGCUACCAGUUCACCACACACAAACCAAAACAUCAUGAAGGCCUUUAUCGUUCUCGCAUGCCUCGCCGUCGCAUCGGCACACCCCGGUUAUAGCCACGGUUACGGAGGUGGCUAUGGCGGACUUGCUGGUCACGGAGGAGUUGGCCUUGCUGGUCACGGAGGAGUUGGCUUUGCUGGUCACGGAGGAGCUGGUCUUAGUGGUGGACUCGCCGCUGGUGCUGGAACUGCAGGCUCCCUCCAGGGUGGUGCUUCCAGCUUAGGAUCCGGUGGUCUUGGUGCCAGCUACGCUGCUGGAGCAGCAGCUGCGGCUGCAUCUGCGGGAGUCCAACAGGUCGUCUCCGGAGGAGUGCUCGGUGGAAGGUCCGACAUUGGACCCGCAGAAGGACCAAAGGCUAACGUUGGACCCCAAACCGGACCAUCUGACCUCGUUGGACCCCAAGAAGGAGCCAAGUCCAUUGGAGGACCCCGUACUGGACCAGCCAGCCUUGUUGGACCCGCUGCUGGCCCAUCCACCCUCGUAGGACCAUCCCAAGGAACUGCCACCCUCGUAGGACCAUCCCAGGCUACCGCUAACCUCGUUGGACCCAGCUAUGGUGGUGUUGCUGUAUACGCUGGAACCGGUGGAAUCAACGGUGACGACGGUAGCUCUGGCUCCGCCGCUGCUGCUGCUCCCGGAAACGCUUUCGGAGGUUAUGGUUUUGGAGCCCCAGGUGCCAUCGCUGUCAUCGGAGGAGGCCCAGGAAUCGCUGGUGGAAUCGGUGGACACGAUGCCGGAAUUGCAGUGAUCAACGGACCAUCUGGUUCCAUCCACGCCGGACUCGGCUCCCACGGAGCUAUCAUCCCGGGUAAAACCUGGUAAACGAGUGAACAUCUCAGUCAUAUCGGCUUGGCGACGACGGCAACCUCCCACAGUUGUAUCGGUCAAUGAUCUUCAACGCGCUCAAAGUAUUCCUCCCAAAGCUUGAUCCAUCCUAGAAGCAUAGCACAUACCGAAGUAAUCAUUAAAUCUCACACGGCCAGUGGGACGGAAGAAAUUAAAAUCAACACUUGCUCUGCAGGGAAAACCGGCAAACUGAUCCAGGGUAACCGCGCGUCGCGAAACUUGCCGAGAUCCAUCCGGUAGUUGGGAUCUAGGAAAAUUUAGUCAAUUCCCAUUCAACUAGUGACUGAAAGCGCCUAUCCUGUCGAACUUCAGAAUGAACGAUUUCUGGACAUUCAAACUGCCUCACUUGUGCUCCAAUUACACAUAAUUGGUUCGGUGAUGUAUCCGUGAACCAGUCAAUGGACGAGCUUUGGCACUUACGCACGUGUAAAACAACAAGGCUUGUUCUGUUUUUUGAACAUCCUUUGUCGUUGCGUGCUCCAACCUUAUGUGUUUUAUCCUUCGAAGGCCGCCGCAUUUACGCAAAUUAUAAAUUUUUUAUUACCACCACCAUUCCAUGCACAGAUUGUGGUAGGUCAGCCGUUCCCGUGAAUGAACAAAUGUACAUAGAUGGAGCAACGCUGCCGACCCCGACCGCGCCCACUAUCACCAUAUAUAGAUACCACGUAUUUAUAGUGUUUAUACAUUUAUACAAUAAAAAAUACGAAAUAAAGCAUCAGUAUUUAAAACUCAAA